AUGCAGACGGCACCAUCGUCAGCCUUGGCUUGGGCAACCAACAGCAUCGUGGCAGCAGGCUGUGAUCGGAGGAUUGUGGCCUAUGGAAAGGAAGGCCACGUGCUACAGACUUUUGACUACAGCCGUAAUCCUCAGGAGCGUGAAUUCACCACAGCUGCAGCAAGUCCUGGAGGCCAGUCUGUCGUGCUAGGAAGCUACGACAGACUGCGGGUGUUCAACUGGAGUCCUCGAAGAAGCAUCUGGGAAGAGGCCAAGCCCAAGGAGAUUGCCAACUUAUACACCAUCACAGCCUUGGCGUGGAAGCGGGACGGCUCCCGGCUCUGUGCGGUGAUAGUGAAGAACCUGUCUUCAGGGACCAGGGUGGUGCUCAAGUCCCACUAUGGCUAUGAGGUAGAAGAGGUGAAGAUCCUGGGGAAGGAACGGUACUUGGUGGCUCACACAUCGGACACACUGCUGCUCGGAGACUUGAACACCAAUCACCUCAGUGAGAUAGCCUGGCAGGGAUCUGGUGGCAAUGAGAAAUAUUUCUUUGAAAAUGAGAAUUGGAUCUGAUUGGCAGCUACAACAUUGGUACUAUCAGUCACGAGAGCCGUGUGGAUUGGCUGGAACUUAAUGAGACUGGGCACAAGCUUCUCUUCAGGGAUCGGAAACUUCGUUUGCAUCUAUAUGAUAU